UGCAGUGUGUUUCUAGAUUCCUCCGCCAAGGGGGACUUAUUGACGUGCGCGUCACAUGAGCUCCCUCUCGACGCCUUUCCGUCCCCGGAGGGUCCUGACAAGUGUCACGUUAGGGGCGUUCGUAUCUCCCGUGACGACGGGUGCCUGGUUCUCCCCGCAGAGUGGUCGGUAAAGGGUGGGGUCACCGGAGGGGGCGCGGAAGGGCACCGGUGCUACGAUUUCAAGAUGGCUGCUGCGUAGACUGAGGGGGUGAAUCGACUCCGAAAGAAGGAAACAACAAUAACAAGGCGGAAUAAUCCGUGUCUCAGGAAACAGUCGACGUCUUCGCCUCUGGGGGGCGCCACCUUGAUCUAGGAUCUGUUUACAGUCCCCCCCGGGGGCCCUGACUCAUCCCGCCAUCAUUGUCUUCUGCCUUGGUGAAGGAUGAUGCAGUGAUACACCUCGACGCCCCCCCCUCCAUCCACUUGGAUUGACGUUCUUGUGGUGCUCAGACAUGGAGUCUGAAGAUUUCAUACCGCCCCCCGAGUGUCCCGUCUUCGAGCCGACUUGGGAAGAGUUCGCCGACCCUUUGGGUUACAUUGCCCGGAUCAGGCCUAUUGCCGAGAAGUCUGGCAUAUGCAAAAUCCGCCCGCCCGUGGAUUGGCAGCCACCGUUUGCUGUUGAAGUGGAUAACUUCCGUUUCACCCCUCGUAUUCAGAGACUCAAUGAAUUAGAGGCACAAACUAGAGUCAAGUUAAAUUACUUGGACCAAAUUGCCAAGUUCUGGGAGAUCCAGGGAUCGUCGUUGAAAAUUCCAAAUGUAGAGCGAAGAAUCCUGGACUUGUACAGCCUCGGCAAGAUUGUGCAGGAGGAGGGUGGCUAUGAACCAAUUUGCAGAGAGAGGAGAUGGGCUCGCGUGGCUCAACGCAUGGGGUAUCCCUCAGGAAAAAACCUUGGCUCCCUGUUGAGGUCCCAUUACGAACGUAUUAUAUACCCCUUUCAUAUGUACCAGUCAGGAGCAAAUAUGGUGGAUUACGGUGAACGACCACGUUACGACAAUGAAGAGAAAGACAAGGAAUACAAACCACAUAGUAUACCAUUACGGCAGUCUGUACAACCUUCCAAAGUCACCAGCUAUGGGCGCCGAGCCAAACGUCUGACUCAGGAGGAUCCUGACAGCUCAGAUCCUGCUUCUCAAAGUUCCUCCCGGCCCCCAGAAACAUCACCAUCCUGGCCGGAGCCAACUGAAGAAGAUAUAGAGAAGAACCCAGAAUUGAAAAAACUCCAAAUUUAUGGUGCUGGCCCCAAAAUGAUGGGACUUGGAUUAAUGGCAAAAGAUAAAAACCUUCGUAAGAAAGAAAGUGAUAUUCCAGAAUGCCCACCUACGCUGGUGGUUAAGGAGGAGGUUGGUGUGGAUUCAAGAGGAGAGCCCGGUGAAUACCAUACACAUGUAAAGCGGGAGAGGUCCUUCAGCCCUGAACCCUGCACUAAGAUGACUAUGAGGCUCCGAAGAAAUAAUAGUAGUACCCAGUUUACUCCACUUUCAAUACAGGUGGAUACCUAUGUCUGUCGGAUUUGCUCUCGUGGAGAUGAUGAUGAAAAGUUGCUUCUUUGUGACGGAUGUGAUGACAACUAUCAUACGUUCUGUUUGCUGCCUCCACUGCCAGAGCCUCCAAAAGGCAUUUGGCAGUGUCCCAAAUGUGUCAUUGCAGAAUGUAGACGGCCCCCUGAAGCAUUUGGGUUUGAACAGGCUACUCGAGAGUAUACAUUACAGAGCUUUGGCGAAAUGGCAGAUUCAUUCAAAGCAGAUUACUUCAAUAUGCCAGUGCAUAUGGUACCUACAGAGCUGGUCGAGAAGGAGUUCUGGCGCCUGGUGAGCAGUAUAGAAGAGGACGUGACUGUGCAGUAUGGGGCAGACAUUCACUCCAAGGAAUUUGGCAGUGGUUUCCCGAUGCUUGAUGGCAAAACAGAGCUGUCUCCUGAGGAGGAGACAUAUGCCAAAAGUGGCUGGAACUUAAAUGUUAUGCCAGUUCUUGAGCAGUCAGUUCUGUGUCACAUCAAUGCCGACAUCUCUGGGAUGAAGGUGCCCUGGCUGUAUGUGGGCAUGGUGUUCUCUGCCUUCUGUUGGCAUAUUGAGGAUCACUGGAGCUAUUCAAUCAACUACCUUCAUUGGGGAGAGCCUAAGACCUGGUAUGGAGUGCCAUCUUCCUCUGCUGAAGAACUUGAAGGCGUUAUGAAGAAAUUGACUCCAGAACUCUUUGAAAGUCAGCCAGAUCUCCUUCAUCAACUGGUCACUCUAAUGAACCCCAACACCUUGAUGGCACAUGGGGUGCCGGUUGUGCGGACAAACCAAUGUGCCGGAGAGUUUGUGAUUACAUUUCCAAGAGCUUAUCACAGUGGCUUUAACCAGGGUUACAACUUUGCUGAGGCAGUCAACUUCUGCUCUGCUGACUGGCUCACAGCUGGUCGAAAAUGUAUUGAGCAUUAUCGGAGGCUCCGUCGAUACUGUGUGUUCUCACAUGAGGAGCUAAUGUGCAAGAUGGCUGCGUGUCCUGAAAGAUUAGACCUCACUUUGGCGGCUGCAGUGCACAAGGAGAUGCUUAUUCUGGUGCAGGAAGAGCGGAGGCUACGCAAGUCACUGCUGGAGCGAGGGAUUACAGAGGCAGAGCGAGAAGCGUUUGAGCUGCUCCCCGAUGAUGAACGGCAAUGUCAAAAGUGCAAGACCACCUGCUUUCUUUCUGCAUUGGCAUGCUAUAACUGCCCUCAGGGCCUUGUAUGCCUGUAUCACAUUGAGGACUUGUGCCAGUGCCCACCAGCUCGUCAGUAUCUCAGGUACCGCUACACUCUUGAUGAGCUGCCGGCCAUGUUAUACAAGUUGAAAAUUCGAGCAGAGUCCUUUGACACCUGGGCAAGCAAAGUGCGUCGGGCCUUGGAGUUUCAGAAUGGGGCAAAGAUAGAACUGGAACAAUUGCAAGCUCUUGCAAAAGAGGCCGCAGAUAGGAGGUUUGCUGAGAAUGACAUGCUUCACAAACUGAAAUGCACCAUUAAAGAGAUUGAAUCUUGCAUUAGUGAGGCCCAGAAAGUUCUCAGUGACCAUCAGUCUCCGAGGAGCAGUUCUACAGCAAUGUCUCUGGACAGUUUGCAUAAGCUUGUACAACGAAUCCAAGCUCUUCCAUGUGCCCUGGAUCAGCUGUCUCAACUACAGGAACUUCUGGAACAGGCUGAAUCCUUACAGAAAGAGGCAAAGAAUUGCUUGCAGUCUCUCCCAGACAGCGCACCCCAGAUGCAGGAAUUGUUGGAGCGCUGUGAUGUUUUCGGUGUGCAGUUACCUGAAGCUGAACAGCUGGCAAGGCACAUGCGUCAAGGACAGUGGUUAUCGCGGGUACGGGCAGCCCUGGUUGCGGGCCGUUCGGGCACUCUCCAAGAGAUGCGUUCGCUGUUACAGGAGGCUGGUGGGGUGGCUGAGAGCCCCGCAGUGGAGAAGGCCUGUAGUGAGCUGAAGGAACUAAUCUCCAUCGCUCUCCGCUGGGAAGAGAAGGCUCAGAUGUGUCUAGAAGCCAGGCAGAAGCAUCCUCCUGCUACCCUUGAGGCAAUCAUUAAGGAAUCGGAGAACAUUCCAGUACAACUUCCUAAUACAUUAAGCUUAAAGGAGGCCCUCUGCAAAGCCCGAGCCUGGAGUGCCGAUGUGGAUGAGAUUCAGAGUGGAGAUCACUACCCUUGUCUUGAUGAUCUGGAGGGACUUGUUGCUGUGGGUCGGGACCUCCCUGUGAAAAUGGAUGAACUUCAUCAAUUGGAAGUACAAGUGGCUGCAGCUCAUUCCUGGCGGGACAAAGCAACAAAGACAUUCCUGAAGAAGAACACAUGUUAUACCCUUUUAGAGGUUCUGUGCCCAAGUGCAGAGGUUUCUUCAGGUACUGGCAAGAGAUUCCAAUGGAGGAAAGAGAAGGAACAUGGCUUGUAUCGAUCCGAUAUUGAGAGCCUGGGGCUGUCGGCACAAGAUCUGCGAGAUCCUGGAUGCAUUGUCCUGGCCUUUAAAGAAGGGGAACAGAAAGAAAAAGCUGGCAUUCUGAGACUACGGACUAUGAAUUCCUCGCUGGAGAGGGGUUGUGUUUGUGUGUGUGGAGAACCUGCAGGGGAGCUUAUGCUGCGUUGCGAUCUUUGCCAGGACAUGUUUCAUGGGCUGUGUGUCCCUGGGCCCAGACUCUCUUCACAUCGUGGGGCGCACUCCUCUCCAUCUCUUGCUUGGUGGGAAUGGGACAGUCGGUUUUUGUGCCCCCUCUGUGUGCGCUCACGGCGGCCUCGGCUUCAGACUAUUCUUUCUUUGUUGGUUGCUCUUCAGAAAUUGUCAGUGCGCUUACCAGAGGGAGAAGCGCUGCAGUGUUUAACAGAAAGAGCAAUGAGCUGGCAGGAUCGAGCUCGCAGGGUGCUGGCAACACCAGAAAUAGCUAAUGCCGCCACAACCCUGGCAGAGAAAAGAAAGCGAAUACAAAAUCAUAAGGACCCACAGGCGCUGAGGGAGACGACCUGCAAUGAGCAAAACCCUGUUCCCCAUGAGAAUGGAGAUGGUCAUUCAGAAAAUGGCACUUGUGCUAUGCCAGACUUGGAUGCGGUGGCAGCUCUGCUCCCUCGUAUCGACAGGAAGCCAGUACUGGAUAUCUCUAUUGCGUCUCGAGCUCUGCUGGAUGACCUCAUGUUGGAAGGGGACCUACUUGAAGUGACACUUGAGGAAGAACUUACUAUUUCUAGGCUACUACAGGCGUCCCAGACACCGCCAGUGGAGAAGCUACGGACUCUGCUAGAGAUAGAACGGUGUGAACGAAGAACCAAUCGACUGAAGGGAAAAGACCAAGAAAAGAAGAAAAAGAGGAGGAGCGAGAGGGCAGACGGUGGUUUCCUGCCCCCAACACUCCAGAAAGAGGAGCUGGGACCAAAGAGAAGCCGCAGUGACCGAUCUCAGGACGUGAUGGCAGAGAAGGAGAGUCCAAGGAAAAAUGGUGCUGAAAGCAAUCAGAAUGGAGAGCAGCGCUUGUGACAUUCAUCAUGAAGAGGACCGGACACGAUAUGGAUCGGGACAGUAACACUCCCCAGCAGUCUUGAGUCUUACCUCGCUGAUGAAUGGUUAGAGGUGGCCGUAGGGGUGACGAGACCUAGAAACCCCUCUACCUCUUACACAGCAAUCCUCUGUUCUACACUCGCUCGUCCCCUGGAAAAGGAGGGGAGUACUUCUUUCUGGGGACACUUAGUGGAAGCUGGUGCUACUUCUUCAUGACAGAUGAUAAACCUCUGCAUAAAAGACUCUCUUCCUCUUUUUGCUGACGUCAAGCAAUUAACUCCAUUUGGAGACAAGAUGCAAAUUCUGGCAAGUUUUUUUCCCCCACAGAUCCUGCAGGGUGAGGUCCCGCCUAAGGCAAGCAUGUGCAAUCCGGCCUCCGAGACACGAAAUCACACACUUGACCAGUACCGGCAUCCGGCUCUGCAUGGGGCGAGGGACUGUCAGUAAGGAAGCUAUAACAGUGGUUGGUUUUUGGGGACACACCUUUUUAUUUAUUCCCUUCUCCUUGUGGUUUAUAGUUUCACUAACUGCCCGGCUUCCCUCCUGUCUCGCCCAGUAGUUCAGGAUCUAAGGGGGCGCUCUGCACUUCCCAUCCCUGUAAAAUGACUUCACUUUCUUGAGAACACUUUGUUUUGUUUUUUAAAAAAAAAAGGAAUUUUUUUUUUUUUUUAGAAAGAUGUAAAAUGAAAAAAAAAAAUAAUAAUAAUCCCUGAAGGCUCUUCUGGAGAGUUUUUUUCUUUUCUGACGUGUAGAAAUAACGGUAGGGGUUUUUGGAUGCUGUCUUUCAGUUUGCUUUGCCAGGCAGACUCCCAAGCUGUGCUAUACCUCAGUAUUGCAGAUGUUUAUUUUACAUAAAUUAUGUUUCACAAGA